AUGGAAGGUUAUCUUGGGAUAGACUUUUAGAAACAAGACACAGUAAAGAUCCUCUCCUCCUAAUCUACAACUUGUAAUUGGUUUGACAGAAUGAUCCAAAUUGACAAACCAGACCAGAUGUUAUUGCACAAGAAGAAGGCUGUUGCAUGUUAAAUUUAACUGUGCAGUGUUAGUCAUCUCUGGGCCAUUCAAUUACUGGGAUAGCUUCUAAAUUGCUGAUGGCCAACGUGAUUAGACUGUGGAUUAAAAAUCAUAUAAAAAUCCCUACUUGCUGUAUCUGUCAAAUGGCCGGAAGGGGCUAAGGCAGAAGCAUACACUGAGCAGUUUCGCAUGUUUAUUGCAAUUGGUUUUCUAGGGGGACCGACACCGACUGCAUUCACCACCAGCACACACCCCUCACCACCGGUGAUGCAUCCCCGCGGCAAGGGCACGGACAACUCCUCUAUAGAGUCGUCUCGACUUUAGAAUGGUGAAGAAAUCUCUCAACGGCGGGGUUUACCCAACUCAAGCCGGAGAGAAGAAGCACAAAGUCGGGUUUGUCGGAUUGGACCCCGGGGCUCCUGAAUCCAGCAGGGAUGGGGCGCUACUCAUUGCGGGUUCGGAAAGCACCAAGCGGAGCAGCAUCCUCUGCAGACCGAGGUCCAGCAUCUCCGUCGGGAGACCCAGACCGUCGAAGAAAAAUGCCAGCUAUCGGAAACUACAGAAUUUCCUAUAUAAUGCGCUGGAAAGACCGCGAGGAUGGGCGUUCAUCUAUCAUGCUUAUGUCUUCCUCUUGGUCUUCUCCUGUCUCAUACUUUCAGUCUUUGCCACCAUCAGAGAGUUCAAAAAUAGCUCAGAGAGUGCCUUGUACAUCCUGGAAAUUGUGACUAUCGUGGUGUUUGGAGUGGAGUACAUUGUAAGGAUAUGGGCUGCUGGCUGCUGCUGUCGAUAUAGAGGAUGGAGAGGGAGGCUAAAAUUUGCCAGAAAGCCUUUCUGUGUCAUAGACAUUAUGGUGCUGAUUGCCUCAGUAUCUGUACUGGCAGCUGGAUCUCAGGGCAAUGUUUUUGCCACCUCAGCCAUCAGGAGUCUGAGAUUCCUGCAGAUCCUGCGCAUGCUGCGUAUGGACCGCCGUGGAGGCACCUGGAAGCUGCUCGGAUCUGUAGUUUAUGCCCACAGCAAGGAGCUCAUCACAGCAUGGUACAUAGGCUUCCUGUGUCUUAUCCUGGCGUCAUUCCUGGUCUACUCUGUGGAAAAGGAGUCAAAUGAUGAGUUUGAGACCUAUGCUGAUGCUCUUUGGUGGGGACUGAUCACUCUCACCACCAUUGGUUAUGGUGAUAAGGUUCCCAAAACCUGGAAUGGACGCUUGCUGGCAGCCACAUUCAGCAUGAUCGGGGUGGCCUUCUUUGCACUUCCUGCUGGCAUCCUGGGUUCUGGCUUUGCCCUCAAAGUCCAAGAGCAACACAGGCAGAAACAUUUUGAGAAGAGACGCAACCCUGCUGCAGGCCUCAUCCAGGCUGCUUGGAGGUUUUAUGCUACCAACCUUUCCCGUACAGAUCUGCUGUGCACUUGGGAUUUUUACGAGCAAACUGUAGCUGUUCCAAUGUACAGACUUAUUCCACCUCUAAAUCAGCUGGACUUGCUGAGGAAUCUGAAGGGCAAGUCAUUCAGGAAGGAGUCUCAAACAGAAACCUCUCCCAGUAAUGAAAAUGCACACAAAGACAGACUUUGCGGGUGCUGUCCAAGAACUAUUAGUCGAAAGGCCAGCCUGAAGGACAAGGUGUUCCCUAGUCCUUCCAAGGCUCCCGUGGCCAAGGGGAAGGCCCUGUCUCCGGGGGCAGAGGACGGGGCCGAGGCGAGUCCCAGCAAAGUCGCCAAGAGCUGGAGCUUCACUGAGAAGAACCGAGGGCCAAAGCACGCCUUCAGAGUCCGGGGCAGCACCUCACGCCAAAACUCAGAGGUGCUGAUUGAAAUGCAGGACGAAGACUUUGGACUGAAGAGUUCUCCAGCAAUUGAAGGUUUAAUAAAGGCGAGCCUUCCAGGAGAGGAAAUUGGGGACGAUAAGAGCUGCCACUGUGAGUUUCUCACUCAAGAAUUGCCACCAGGCUUGAGGGUUACAAUAAGGGCAAUCUGCAUCAUGAAGUUUCUGGUGUCAAAGAGGAGGUUCAAAGAGAGCUUGCGGCCUUAUGAUGUCAUGGAUGUGAUCGAGCAGUACUCUGCAGGUCACCUGGACAUGUUGUCUCGCAUUAAGAACCUGCAGUCCAGGAUAGAUAUGAUUGUGGGGCCCCCUCCCCCAUCAACACCUCGCCAUAAGAAGUCCACUGAAGGUCCUAGAGUUGACCAGAUAGUUGGUAAAGGUCCUAAAGCGGAAGGAGAUGCUGCAGAGGACCAGAGCAUGAUGGGACGUCUGGUCAAAGUGGAAAAGCAGGUGGUCUGUAUGGACAGGAAACUUGAUUUUCUGGUCAAUGUGUAUGUGCAGCGUAUGGGCAUCCCUCGUUCGGAAACAGAGGCCUUUUUCAACUCCAAAGAGCCGUAUCCAGCCCCGCCUUACCACAGCCCAGAGGAGAGCAAGGAGGAGGAGGAUAAAGAGGAGGUGAAGGAGGAAAAGGAGGUGAAGACAUGCUCAGCUGCAGAUGUCCCGUGCUCUGAUGGGUCUUUGGAAAAGAAAGAUCCUUUACUGGGUCGGUCUGUGGCGAGAUCGGUUGGUACUCCCUCUGGCAGCAACAGCCGCCCCUCUACCUCCUGGCAGCACCAGCUGCAGCACCCCCUCAGCCAGCCUGCAUGGAACAGCAGCGUGGCCAACACCCCAUCACCAGUUGGUGGCAGCGGCGAUCAUUCGCCCACCCUGUUCCGCCUUCCACCUCCGCCUGCUCCUAUUCACGACCGAUCCUCCUCUGGCCUGGGCGGCAGCGGCAGAGAGAGCAGCUCCCAGAGCAGGAGGCGCCACAGGAGGCAGAGGUGUCAGCAAGAUGCCACCGCUGUGGAGAGCGACACAUCUCUAUCCAUCCCAUCUGUUGACCACGAGGAGCUGGAGCGCUCUUUCAGCGGCUUCAGCAUCUCCCAGGCCAAGGAGGACUUCUUUGGGCCUUCUUUCUUUAUAGGCUCAGGAGGGGGAGCUGGAGCAGGGACUGAAGCUGCAGCUGGUCCUUCACUCUGUGCCAAGGUCAGACCUUUCAUAGCAGAGGGAGAAUCAGACACAGACUCUGACCUCUACGCUCCCUCACCUCUGUCCUUCACUGGAGAGGUCUCGUGUGGAGAGAGGGCAUGGUCAGGACUGAAGUAGGUCAGGAAGGACUCCUCUCCCUGGAAGAGCGGCUCAUGAUAAAAGAUCAGUGCUUCAGUUGCCAACAUUAGCCCUAUCAUGAGACCUUGUAGCCAACUGACUGUUGUUGCUGAUGAUGCUAUUACAGACUAUUUUAGGUUAAGUGAAUGGUUAUGAUUAGCUGUUUAUUACUGAAGAUGGUAAAAAUAUGUCCUUUAUAUAAACAAAGGGGUUGUCCUUUAUCACCUUUUUUGUUUGGGAUGUAACACUUUACAAGCAAUGCUUCAUUACAGUUGCAUUGUAUCCAUUUAAGAUCUUGAUCAAAUAGAAAAAUAGCUGUUUAGGGACAUUUCUUUAACUUACUUGGGGACAUUUUUGUUGUAUUUUUUAGUGAUGAAAGGUAUGUGAGAGUAUAGAUGUGUGAGAGUGUGAUUUAUGACACUUAAUUUUGCAUUGAACUUAAACUUGACAUUGCAUUUCAGCACUUUUUCUGUUACACUGACCACUUUACCUUUCAAAACAUAGCGGGAGUUAGUAAUGCAAGAUUGUUAAAGUCUUAUCACAUGGUUAGCAUAGUGUCUUGAUAACUUCUAUACCUUUGAAUGACUUGAGGUGUUAUGAUGCCAAAACCUUAGCUAUGAUAAUCAAUUAGAUUCUCGCAGAGUAAAAAAAUGUGCUUGCUUUUGAGCAUCAUUAAUUCAGCCUGGUGUUUACUGAAUACUACAGAAGAACUCCCCUGAAAAUAUUGCAGAUACUUCCCCAUCAAUAAACCAGUGAACUUGCUGCAUGGCAUGUUAAAUGGUUGAUUUAAGGACUGUGUUAAACAGGCUACAAAACCCAAUAACAGCGGCAAAAAAUAGUUUUUUUCUUCUAUACAAAGAUAGACAAACAGAGCGGUGAAUAAAACAUGAAAAUGUUUGCAUGACUGGUUUCAAGCUACAAUGUGUUAAUUUUUUAUGGGGCUUUGCUUGAAUUCCAAUCAUGUAAAUGCAGCCCAAGCUUGCUAAUUUCAAUGGAUCUUCUUUUCUGGACAAAUAUGUCCACAAACUAUGUACAGACUCUGUUAAAUACAGAGGCAGAUGUUUAAUGCCACAUAUAGAAACAAUAUGGGCUCAAAUGGACAUUAGCUCAUACAUUUUGUAUUAUUAUCACACAACAUGCAGUGUUGAAGUUGGAUUGAAUCAUAAGUCUUAAAUCAUAUGGGACACUUACCUACUCAGACAUGAUGGUAUUUAGCCUGCAAUGCAUAGGUCUGUCAUUUAGAUUCUCUGCUGCUAUGUCAGUUCUGCACUAAAUGAGGAAAUGCAAUAAAAAGCAAGCAAGGCAAUCAAGAACCAUCCUUUACCAACAUUAACAUGGCCUUAUUUUUCACACUGAAAUAAAUUGUUUUGUAAGUAAACAAAUCAACAAUUUCAUUUUAAACAUUUCAUAAAAGUAGUGCAAGUACAUUUUCAGGUGUUAUAUAGGAGGUUCUGUAGAUUGAGAGCAGUUGUUCCGGGUUACAAAUUUAGCCACUGAUAAUGCUAAAAGCAUGGGAUUCAUAGGGGCAUCUGAAGCAUGAACACUUAUUGUUAAAACUAACCUGCGUCAUAGCAAAUCAAACAUUUUAACAUUAACACUGAAACAUGGACAUGGUGAUAGAGGAAAUGUCAUUUAGUAAAGGCUGUUCACACAAGAUACACAAUCCAUAUUUUUCAGAAAACAAGAAACAAACCCGCUGGCAUGUUUUAUACAACCCAGAGAAAGGACCUGUAGGGUUUUAUGUGAUACAGUAGCUCUUAGUUCAGCAUCAUCAUGUAACUGCACCUUCUCCUUCUUCAGUAAUAAAACUUUGUACAUCACUGAAAAUCAUCUCCUGUUUUUAUAUUCUAUAUCAAUAAAGCAAUACUGUGA